GAUGAAGCUUCUCAAAAAACCCGCGGGACUCAAAAAAAGAAAAGUUAUUUCAAAACGAAUCAAGAUUGAAAAGAAGCCAAGUUCUGAGGACGAGGGAAGUUCAGAUGAGGAGGUACCAAAAUUGGAUGGAGAAGGAAGUUUAGAUGGAUCUGAAGAUGAAGAUGAUGGAACUGUGACUGUUGAGAAAGGAGGUGUGAAGAAGCAUAAGUUGGAUUUGGAAAAACUGAAACAAUCCGAUCCCGAGUUUUUCAAGUUCCUUCAACAGGAAGAUGCCGAUCUAUUGAAUAUGGAAGAUGAUGGGGAUGACGAUGAAGAUGACGAUGAGGAUGAUGAAGAUGAAGAGGAAGAGGAAAGUGAUGAUGAUGAGGAUGAUGAGGAGGAUGACGACAAGACAAAGAUUAAGAAGAUCCGAAAACCAAAGAUUAAAAGUGACAAUUCUGGACGUCUUAUCGUGGAUUCAAAUGUUUACUCUUACCUUCAACAAGUUCUCGUUUUGGAUGAUGAGACCUCCACACCCACCAAUCCAUCGGAUGUUCGUAUGGCUGUCGAUGUUUUUGUCGCUUGUGUUGCUCGAGUUGGUGCAGACAUUGAAGCUCCAAAAUAUGUCAUUAAUGAGCAAUCAAUCUUCGAAGCUGUUGUUCGAAUGUGCUUUCAAGCAAUGCCUGAUAUUCUAAAAAGAUUAUUGAAAGCGAAACCUGAAGGAGAUAAAGUUUUGUUCUCGAAGACUGCAAUCAAGAAAUAUCAGACAUAUGUUAGAACAUAUCUUCAUGCAAUGAUUGUUUUUCUCAACGAAGUUCAAACCACUGAAGUUCUCAUUGCCACAAUUAAAGCCAUGACUCGGCUUGUCGAUCUCUAUGCUCAUUUCUCCAGAAUGUCUAAACUUUUGAUUAAGGCGGUCGUCAGAAUUUGGAGUCGCAAAACUCUGGAAUGCAGACUUCCAGCCUUCGUUUGCAUGAAUCUUCUUGUCAAAAACUAUCCGCAACACUUCGUGCCACUUUACAAGACCGCCUAUGUUGCAUUUGUUGCAAACUCGAAAAUCGUCACCAACGAAACGUGGCCACUUCUUCAAUUCAUGCACCGAACAUUUGCCGAGCUGACAAUUUUGAAUCCAGAGCAAGCUUAUAAGUAUGCAUUUGUCUAUAUUCGUCAAACAGCUGUUCAUCUUAGAAAUGCAAUGAUUUCAAAAGGACGAAAGGAUUUGAUCUUCUCCAUCUACAAUUGGCAGAUGAUGCAGUGUAUGUACAUGUGGGUACGAGUUAUUGCUAAAGCUCAUUCUGUGAACGGCGCUGAACAAAUUGGAGAACUUGUCUAUCCUCUCAUUCAAGUUAUCGUUGGAAUUUUCAAGCUUUGCAAUGCUCCAACUUUCCUACCACUCCGUCUUCAUUGUUGUCAACUGCUCAUUCAACUUCAAGCCAGUUGCACCAAUUAUAUUCCGAUUUUGCAGGUUUCUUGCGACUGUCUGGAAGAAUUGGCUCGUGAGUUGAAGUCGAAGCCAAAACCAGUAAAAGGAGCAGUCAAACUUCCGGAUAUCGAGUGUACUCUGAAAUGUUCAUCACAAUUCUCAGAUCUUCCACAGUGGCGAAAAGUCAUCUCAGAACAUGUGUUCAGAACUAUGAUGCAGUCUGCACAUCUUUUGGCUAGUCAAGCCGCAUUUCCGGACGUCGUUUUGCCGAUCAAUCAUAGAAUUUCCGCAAUCCUAGAAACAAUGAAAAAUGGAGAUCACGCUCACUUGUUCCGCGGAUUCCAAACAAAACUGAAAGAGCACUCAAGAUUUGUGCUUGAUGUUCUUGCUCGCAAGAGUGUCGAUAUUAAUGAUGAGAUGCAAGUGCGUGCCGUCCGCUUUGAUCUCAACAAUCCUGACUCGCCGAUCAAGACAUUCUAUCGGCAAUGGGAGAAAGUAUGGAAGAUGAAGGAAAGAAGUGCUGUGGAGAACUCGAAGAAAGACGACAAAAAGAAAAAGAAGGAAGAAGAAGCUGCUGCUGCGAAAAAAAGAAAACCUAAUGAAACUGUCGAGGACGAGGAUGAUGUCAAGCCAGAGGUUUCGAAGGCAAAGAGGAAGAGAAUCAAGAUUGGAGCAGCUGCCAAGAAAGCAGACGCCUCUGUUCCAGAUCAAUUUGCUGAUAUGUCAAUGUGGAGUGAUGAGGAUUAACUGUUAUCCUAAUAUUUUGUUUUUUUAAAAAGAAUUUGGUUUUUUUAUUUCUGUUGUUGUUACUUUAUCAUUUUUGUUGUUAUUGAAAUUGUUCGGGAAUAAUGUUUUAUUUCAUCAAA